CCCACAGAAACAGCUUCAAUAGUGUAAAAUUCGUCUACAAUGGGGCCAGGUCCUGAACCAUACACUAUAUCCGUCCCCGAUGAGGCCAUUGAGAAACUAAAAAGAAAACUAUCAGACGCCGACUUUCCAGAUGAACUUGAUACGCCGGACCAAUGGCCAUACGGGUCACCACUAUCCGACAUAAAACGUCUAGCAAAGCACUGGGAAACAAAAUUUGACUGGCGCAAAGCAGAAGCCCAAAUGAACCAACUCCCCAACUACCGAAAGAAAAUCAAAGUCAAAGGCUUCGGGGAUAUCGACAUCCACUUUGUGCACAAGAAAAGUAACAAUCCAAACGCCAUACCCCUCCUCUUCUGCCACGGCUGGCCGGGAUCCUUCCUCGAAGUUACAAAACUCCUCCCGUUACUCGAAUCCGGCUCCGACUCGCCCGCCUUCACCAUCGUCGCCCCCUCCCUCCCCAACUUCGGCUUUAGCCAAAGAAUCACCAAACCAGGCUUCUCCCUGACGCAAUAUGCAGAAACCUGCAAUACGCUAAUGCAGGACCUGGGCUAUACUUGCUACGUCACGCAAGGAGGCGACUGGGGCUUCUACGUAACCCGGAUCAUGGGAUUGCUGUAUCCCGACAACGUGCUUGCGAGCCACAUCAACAUGGUGCGCGCGCACGCCCCAAGUUGGACUUCGCAACCGCUACUGGCGCUGCAGCACGCACUAACACCCUAUACCGCCUCCGAAACCGCGGGCUUGCAACGCUCAGCUUGGUUUACGGGCGAAGGCCAGGCGUACCGCCAGCUGCAAGCUACGAAGCCGCAAACGCUUUCUUACGCUUUUGCAGAUAGCCCUGUUGCGUUGCUCGGGUGGAUAUACGAGAAGCUAGUCGAGUGGACGGAUGGGUAUGAGUGGAGUGAUGACGAGGUGCUGACGUGGGUUAGUGUUUAUUGGUUUAGUAGCGCGGGACCGAAUGCCCAUGUGCGGAUUUAUUAUGAGGCGGGGCAUAAUCCGACGCCUGAGGUGCCAGAUAGAGAGAGAGCGAGUGGGUGGGUGGGUAAAGUGAAGUUGGGGGUUGCGCAUUUUCCGAGGGAGAUUACGGUUGUGCCUAGGGUGUGGGCGAGGACUCUUGGUCCCCUAGUGUACGAGAGCAUUCAUGACAAAGGUGGUCAUUUUGCGGCGCAUGAGAGACCAGAUGCGAUUGCUGAAGAUUUGCAGAAGAUGUUUGGAAAGGGUGGGCCGUGUUUUGGGAUUGUACCUGGUAAGCCUGGAUACUAGUACGAUUUUGUAGGAGCAUCAGGGA